AUGACGCUAGAGCUCCAUGUCUGGGGUCCGGCUUUCGGCCUCCCCUCCAUCGACGCCGAGUGCCUUGCGACAGUUACGUACUUUGCGCAAACUUUGAGUGCCGCCGACUACCUGCUUGUACAGAGCAGUCCCUCUGCCGUCCCAUCCUAUCAUCUCCCGGCCCUCUACAACCCCUCCACGGCAACAUGGACGUCCGGCUUCGACCCCAUCGUCUCCUACCUCUCCACCCUUCAACCACCAUCCUACCACCACCCUGACGUCACCACCCUCCCCCCACGCGUCCACGCCGACUCCCAUGCCUACAAGGCCCUGCUGGCCUCGUCGGCCGCCCCGCUCCUCGCCCUGUCCCUCUACGUUUCCUCGGCCAACUACUCCGAAAUCACCCGGCCCGCCUACAGCGCCAUCCUCCCCUUCCCUCUUCCAUGGGCCGAGCCGCUCGCCGUGCGGGCCGCCAUGGCUGCGCGCGCGGCGCAUCUAGGCAUGAGCAGCCUGGACACGGACGCAGAGAUGGAGCGGCUAGAGAAGGAGGAGCGAGAGCGCGAGGCGGCGGGUUGGGUGCAGAUCCCAAAGGCGCUGAGGAAGGCGGUCGGUGGGCAGAAUACCGGUGUCAAGGGGCAGUUGAGCCCGGAGAUGAAGAGGAGGAUCAAGCUGGAGGGCUUGGCGGCGGAGGUGUUUGAUGUCCUUGGGGAAAUUGAUUUCCUGGAAGAGGACGAGGAAGGGAAAGGAGGACAGCAAAGAUGGUGGAAACCUUGGUUGAGGGAGGUGCUACAGAGGAAGUAUGUCGGGUUAUGCGCGUUUGUGGUGGAGUGCAGGAGGAAGACGUUCCCCGAGAGUGGCAAGGUGCUGCCGUGGGCCGAUAAAGAGAGUGAUCCUGCCGUCAGUGCCUCUGACUCGGCGCUCAGUAUUGUCGGGCGAUUUGUCAGGGCCGUGGUUGACGAUAUCCCAACGCUUGGACGGGAAUGGAGUAGGUGGUGGUCGUUGAUGCAAAGGAGGGUAGCUGAGGAGACCUCUACCGAGUCACAACUCGUGGUAAGGAGGAGCGUUGGUGAGAACGAACGCAGUAUCUUGCUAGCUGGUGUCGGCUUGACGAUGCUGGCUCUCAACGUAGUCGGCCUUGGCAUUUACUGGUACCGAUACCGAGGGUUGCUGGGUGCGCCUUUGCAGACAUGGCAUAAACCGCUGGUGGGCUUGGGCAGCUUCGGAGCGGCAGGAGCCAUGUUUGCUGGUCUUGUAUGA